CAGAUGCACGUCUGUGUGGAUUUAGCUAGGGAUUAGAAGGCUAACCUCCUCUCUUCACACCACUGUAUCCAGAACCACAAGUCCAAUGAAGCAAUAUCACAAUGGGGAAAAAACAGGCAUGUGACGUGUCUCAUAUACCAAGUCAAGACACUCGGGAAAACAUGUUGAUUACCAAACCCAAGAAGAAAAAGUCUAAGAAGGAAUUCAGUGGUGUGAAAGAGUCAGAGGAGGAGACAGAGCCUGCUGUUGAAAUGGGAGACUUGGUGAGCUGUAAUACAUUUGAAAGCAAGGAUGCUUCUUCCCCUGAACCUCAACACAUUCCAGCACAAAAGAAGAAAAAGAGAAAGAAGAUAUCAAAUACAUUUGAUAUGGAAAGUAAACGGCAAUACUUUGUAAAUGGGGACACACAAAUGCCACCCGCAAAUAGAGAGGAAGUUACUAGGAAAUCUAGACGGAAAAGGAAGUCUAAAAUAUCAGAGAAUCAGCGUAAUAACAAUGUGGAAGUGAAGGACAGUGAUGUUGUAACUGAAGCACGUACUCCUGUUUCUCAUGGUUCUCUGUUUUCCGCCCCUCUGGGUCAAAGCCAGACUCUUGGCAAAGUGUUUGUGGAGAGAAGUCAUCGGUUUCAAGCAACUGAGCAGCCGGGCCUUGGCCAUGAGCAGGUGGAAGACUUCAUGGAGGUCAGAUCAAUGUGGAACACCCGAGAUGUUGCAUUAAGAGUUCACAAUGGCUUCAGGAUCAUUGGACUCUUCUGUCAUGGGUUUCUGGCAGGAUAUGCUGUGUGGAACGUCAUUGUUAUUUAUGCGUUGGCAGGAGAACAGAUGAAAACACUGUCAAACCUGUUACAGCAGUACAAAAGCUUAGCAUACCCCACCCAGUCUCUACUAUACUUUUUGCUGGCUAUUACUUCUGUGUCGGCCUUUGACAGAGUGAAUCUAGCCAAAGCAUCUAUGGCUCUGAGAGGCUUCCUCAUGCUUGACCCAGCAGCCCUUGCGUCAUUCUUGUACUUUGCAGCCCUUAUUUUGUCUCUGAGUCAACAGAUGACUAGCGACCGCAUCAACCUCUAUUCCAUAGCCAAUGAGUCACUGUGGCCUCCAGGCUCUGAACACCAGAUUCUGCAGCCCUGGAUUGUGGUGAAUCUGGUUGUAGCUUUACUGGUUGGACUUGCCUGGUUUUUUAUAUCUGCCAGACCUGAUAUGGAUUACACAGAAGAGUUCUUAAUAUCAAUGGAGAUAGAUGACUAUCCACAAUACUCCUGAAAAAUCUUAUCAUGACAAAUGGAAUCAGUGUUCCUGAAGCAUGGAAGGCAAGGAAGAGACCUGACAACGAUGCAUUGUAAAAGAAAUUGAAAAUAAAUAAAUAAAUUAAUUAAUUAAUUAAUUAAUAAUGCUAAAUAAAAAAAAUAAACACUUAAAAUUAAGAUUGGGAAAAACAGAGAUUAAAGAAAACCUACAAGCCCUGCAAACCCUGACCAGAAUAAAACAGUUGUGUUAAAUAUAGAUGAAAUUGUAAAUAUUCUGAUUCAAGUGAUUGUUUUAUUUUAUUUUGUCACAUAAUUACAGCCAGUUAUAUUGCUAUUUGUCUGUUAUGUAUACUGUACAUUAAAUUAUUAGCAAUAUAUCCACUUUAAUAAUUUUGGUUACAUAAUGGUUUAGUAGUAUUCAUAAGCAGGCAUGACUACUGGAAUAAAGUGAUGCAUUCAAAAAUGUCAUCGAUAACCAAUAAAAGUGGCAGUUAUUUGUU